AAGUUUACAUAGCAGGUCAUCAGCUUUACUUUCAGCAAUUUGUACAGGUUUUGUUUCCACUCCAUUGUAGUCACCUCAAUACACUGUCACGGUUCCCACGUCCUCCUGUGUUUUACCGUUCUCAGUCCUCCUUUCCUAACUUUCUGAACUUUUGGAACCUUAAAUACCAAGUUUCAUCAACUUGAUGGCCUCUUCAGUAGGCUCGCUCCCCCCGCCUCCCACCAAUUUUAUCAAGAAAUUGUGUCCUUUGCCUUGUUGAAUUCUCAGUUUUGCUUUGGCUGAUAACUGUAAGUGUACCUCUAGUUCAGGUAUUUUCUGUAAACUGGUAGGUAGAAAUUCACUUUGAUUUAGCUUUUGUUUUGUAGGCAUCCUUACAUGGGACGUUCACACCAGGAAGCACAUAUGGGCCUUCAGAAAGAUUUGUGGAAAAAUGGAAUUAAAAGAUGAUGAAAAAUAUUCCAUGGAUGUUUGCAAAUUCCCUCAUAAGGCUACCUUUCAAAGGGUUACUCCUAGGGUUGGUACAGUAGGCUUCACUAGACUUAGCUGCAACUCAGAAUUUCUCCUCCAGCACCUGAGUAAAUGCUGAUGGUCUUGUGGAGAGUGGAUUAAAAGUACAAGCUAAAUUCUCAAUCCCAAUUAAGAAGCGGAGGAAAAAUUUAAACUGUCUCCUUCAAAGUUUAUCACAACCACCACCAUCAAGACAGCAAACCAAAGGACAAAGACUUUGACCUCCUGUGUUGCUCUGUGUGGUCAAGUGCACGUGUGGUUUACAGACUUGCCUGGGGUACUAAUACGUAAAUAAAGAGUCGGACACUUCUGUCACUGGAAGCUUGUAUUCACAAAGUUACUGAAAUGAGGGCUUUACUGGAGACAGCAGACAUUGCCAUAGUGGCCCUGUACUUUAUCCUGGUCAUGUGCAUUGGCUUUUUUGCCAUGUGGAAAUCUAAUAGAAGCACCGUGAGUGGAUACUUUCUCGCCGGGCGCUCUAUGUCCUGGGUAGCAAUUGGUGCCUCUCUGUUUGUGAGCAAUAUCGGGAGUGAACACUUCAUUGGGCUGGCAGGAUCUGGAGCUGCAAGUGGAUUUGCAGUGGGCGCAUGGGAAUUCAAUGCCUUACUGCUUUUGCAACUUCUGGGAUGGGUUUUUAUACCCAUUUACAUCCGGUCGGGGGUAUACACCAUGCCUGAAUACUUAUCCAGGCGAUUUGGUGGCCAUAGGAUUCAAGUGUAUUUUGCUGCCUUGUCUCUGCUCCUGUAUAUCUUCACCAAGCUCUCCGUGGAUCUGUAUUCAGGUGCCCUCUUUAUCCAGGAGUCCUUGGGUUGGAACCUUUACGUGUCUGUCAUCCUGCUCAUUGGGAUGACGGCCCUGCUGACGGUCACGGGCGGCCUUGUUGCAGUCAUCUACACAGACACGCUACAGGCUCUGCUCAUGAUCAUCGGGGCACUGACCCUGAUGGUUAUCAGCAUGAUGCAGAUUGGCGGGUUUGAGGAGGUGAAGAGAAGGUACAUGUUGACCUCGCCCAAUGUCUCUUCCAUCUUGUUGAGGUACAACCUCUCUAACACAAAUUCCUGUCACGUCCAACCGAAAGAAAAUGCCCUGAAAAUGUUGCGCAGCCCAACAGAUGAAGACGUUCCGUGGCCUGGCUUCAUUCUUGGGCAGACCCCGGCUUCAGUGUGGUACUGGUGUGCUGACCAAGUCAUUGUGCAGAGGGUGUUAGCAGCCAAAAACAUCGCUCAUGCCAAAGGCUCUACUCUGAUGGCUGGCUUCUUGAAGCUUCUGCCAAUGUUCAUCAUAGUGGUCCCAGGAAUGAUUUCUAGGAUACUGUUUGCUAAUGAUAUAGCUUGCAUCAACCCAGAGCACUGCAUGCUAGUGUGUGGAAGCAGAGCUGGCUGCUCCAAUAUUGCCUACCCACGCCUGGUGAUGGAGCUGGUUCCCGUGGGCCUCCGGGGCCUCAUGAUGGCGGUGAUGAUUGCUGCUCUGAUGAGUGACUUGGACUCUAUCUUUAACAGUGCCAGCACCAUAUUCACCCUUGACGUGUACAAACUCAUCCGAAAGAGUGCCAGCUCCCGGGAACUAAUGAUUGUGGGGAGGAUAUUUGUGGCCUUUAUGGUGGUGAUCAGUAUCGCAUGGGUACCAAUCAUCGUGGAGAUGCAAGGAGGCCAGAUGUACCUUUACAUUCAAGAGGUAGCUGAUUACCUGACGCCCCCAGUCGCGGCCCUGUUCCUUCUGGCCAUUUUUUGGAAGCGCUGCAAUGAACAAGGGGCUUUCUAUGGUGGAAUGGCUGGCUUUGUUCUCGGAGCAGUCCGUUUGACACUGGCCUUUGUCUACCGUGCCCCUGAGUGUGACCAGCCUGACAACAGACCAAGCUUCAUCAAAGACAUACAUUACAUGUAUGUGGCCACAGCACUGUUCUGGGUCACAGGACUCAUUACCGUAAUUGUAAGCCUACUCACACCACCUCCCAAGAAGGAACAGAUUCGGACCACCACCUUUUGGUCCAAGAAGAACCAGGUAAAGGAGAGCUGCUCUCCGAGAGAUGAGCCAUACAGAUUGCAAGAGAAGAGCAUUCUGCGGUGUAACGAGAAUAGUGAGACCAUCAACCACAUCGUUCCUAACGGGAAGUCAGAAGACAGCAUCAAGGGCCUCCAGCCUGAGGAUGUGAAUCUGCUGGUGACCUGCGGAGAGGAGGGCAACCCAGUGGCUUCCUCGGGCCACUCUGAGGCAGAAACACCAGUCGAUACUUACUCCAAUGGGCAAGCAACUCUCAUGGGUGAGAAAGAGAGAAAGAAAGAACCAGAAGAUGGAAGCCGGUCCUGGAAGUUCAUAGACUGGUUCUGUGGCUUUAAAAGUAAGAACCUCAGUAAGCAGAGUCUCAGAGACCUGAUGGAAGAAGAGGCUGUUUGUUUACAGAUGCUGGAAGAGACUCCAAAAGUUAAACUAAUACUCAAUAUUGGACUUUUUGCUGUGUGCUCUCUUGGAAUUUUCAUGUUCGUUUAUUUCUCCUUAUAAACUUUUAAAGGAGCCCAGGUGGCGCAGUGGUUAAAUGCUCAGCUGCUAACCCAAGAAGUCAGCAGUUCGA